UGACACAUGCGUCGUUUCAUGAGACUCAGUGAGGGAGAGAGCCGUUAAAAGCUUAACCGUUGACGUCAAACGUCCACUCUGCGUUGAGCCACUGGUACUAACGGACGGUGUCGUUCGCUAUCGACUGAAAAGAUUAUUCACUGAACGCUUGAAUAGAAAGUUACAGGUUCAUGGAGUCACAAGUCAAGAAGAGAAGUGGCCCGGUUAAAUCGGAUAUCGUCCACUUCAGGUCCUCCGCAAUAUUCAAAUUGGUUUUAUGGCUGCAAGUGUUUAUCGUAGCUAGUUACGUGUGUUCGGCGUCGAAGAUCUACAGGAAGCUUGGUCAAGGGUCCUGCGGAGCGAGCUGGUUCAACUGCUCUGUUCGUAGUAAUAUCCAGUGCGCAGCGAUUUGCAGCCAGAGUUCUGGUUGUAACUCCUUCAGCUUUGUGGCUCUGCCAUCGUUCGGUACUUGUGGUUUACAUAGUAAUGCAUUCUCACCAGAUGGCCAAGAAAAUACUGUUUGCUACGUUCCAAAUGAUUGGCAGUUGACGACUUCAUCUUCAACUAUCACAACUGAAGUUACAUCUACUGCUUCUACUACAAGUACUGCUUCAAGUACAACUAUUACAAGUACAACUGCUGGUACUGCUUCAGCUGCCGUGACUCCUGUAGAUGUUACUAAUUUGAAUACUGCUCCAAUUGCAUCAACUCAGCCUUGCAAUGGCAAUGCAGGUGCUGUUGGCAUAUAUGAGGAUAAUAGUGGCUUCUACCUACUUUGUAUGAAUGCCCCUAAUGGAUAUUCAUACCAAGCUGAUAAUCCAUCAACACAAUGCUCAGGGAAUCAAAUGGGUUGUAUGACUGUAUCUUGCCCAAGCAAAUCUGCUAUUAGAGGAUUCAACUCACAAAAUGGAGGUACUGCUGGUCCUUGUAGUGCACCAAACGACAGAACCAAACUGGACACUACUGAUUGCCAUACGAUUUCAGGCGCCAUGCAAACGCGACCAACAAACAAAGCGUCUUGGAUUAAGUGGAGGCUUUGUGAUGGGAGUAAGUUUUAUGUCAUGACUGCUUCAUCAGUUACUAGUUCUGGUGCAUCAUGGGACCUCACCAGCAUUACCUGUUGUCUUGGUCUGCCAUAAUUGUAUCCUCAGUUUGGAAGAAGGACAUUUGCUUUAUAGGUUGAGCUAUAUUGAACCUGUGGAAUAUUGUUUUAAUUAAAAAAAUAAAGAUUUUAAACAAGGAUUGUGCACACAUUGAAAUAACAGAAGUUUCAAUGAUAGUACAUAUACGGAAACCUAUUAAACAUAAUUAGCCUUAUUCCCAGUAAAAUCGACCAGCUACACCAACUUGAAGAGAUUUAAGAAGAAAGGUUCCAACUUGUAUACCUAGCUCAAAGAAAAUCAUAUUCCUGCAGUAACUCUCAUUUGUCUUUGUAGCUUUAACUGCAAUGGAUGUGUUCAGUGCAUCCUGAGUCUACAUCAAAUUCUUUUCAAGUGUUUGGUGAGUUUUCACAUUUUUACUUUUCUUGUAUUUUUUCUUUGGUCUGCAUCAUCCUAUGAUAUCAUAGAUACAUAUCUAUGUGAGUAUGUGCUAUUUCUUUUUUGGGAUUCUUAUAUUUUUCCUAUUUAUUUUGUAUUUAAUUUAUUCAGUGAUAUCUUUUAUGUUCUCCCAGUAACUAUUUCAUUUUUACUUUCUUCUAUCCAAACAAACUUUACAGUGAAGAUUAAAAUAAUUUAGAAAGUGGAAAAAUCUUUUAUUGAAACUGAUGGAGGAUGGCAUUGGACCUCAUGUAUUGAUAUGAACCCUCCAAUUUCUAUCUCAGGUGCAUCCAGUAAAGGAAAAAAAAGCAAUAACAUUAAAACCUUUUGAGGUACCAAAACAAAAAUAUGAACCAAAUUGAGGCAGCAUUCACACUUUACCCAUUUUUGUUCUCAUUGCAAAUGAAAAUUGGACAUGGUUCCUAAAAUCAUCAUUUAAGACUUGAAAGCUACUUGGUAAAUAGACAUCCAACAGCUGCAAGGCCACCUAGAUAAAUAAUAAUAACUUGGUUGGUUGAAGAAACCACCAAAAAUCAAUCUGUAGGAGACUAAAAGGUUGAAAUAAUGAAAAUUACUCAAUAAUAUAAUUCGCGGAUGGAUCAUAUGUACCCAUUAUUCAUGGAAAAUUAGCCUAUUUGUGGUAUUUUUCACUGGAAAUAUUCACAAAUUACUGUAUUUUCAUAUAAUUUUCAUGACUAAAUGCACUUUUUGUGAUAAGCUUUUAAAAUACUAAGAUAAGCAUAUUUAGGUUUUUUUGUGUGUUUUAACUAUCAAAAUAAGCAGUUCUAAGUACAUUCAGAUUGUAGCUAUUUGCUAGGGAUGUGGUACCCAUCUCCCGCGAAUAGUGGGUGUCUACUGUACUAUUAACAAUCAUAGUUCUUCAUGAUGACAGUCCUGUCAAAAAAGAAUUUUCGUUAGACUUAAAAUAGUUACAGUAUGUCUUAAAAAAGUUUCACUAAUGUGCGUGACUGAAAUCUACAGUAUU